AUGUGCACCUGGGUUGCGUGGUUGGAGAGCCGGGGUGGCCUGGGCGAGACUGUGAGCGACGUCGAGCUCAGCGCGGGUAUACGGGACGGGUGUUGGGGGGAGAAGCGAGGAGGUAGAGGGGAUGUGGGAGUACGAGACGAAGGAGUGUGGCUGAGCGGUCGGUGGACUGAUAUCAAGGGGCCAGCCGUGGAGGACAGCACAGGCGCCGUCCCAGCAGAGCGAAUUAAUGAGUUGAUCAGGUUAUUGGCACGGCCAACCGUCCCCGCUCUUUGUACUCGCAGAGGCAGAGCGCCGGCACACGGAAAAAAAGGAGCGCAAGGGGGACUCGUCGCCGUCGUCGAGCUCGAAGUCGGUGCGGCGGUGGGUAUGCUCGUUGUCGUCGUCGGCGUCGUCGUCGAGGGUGGACGGAACGGGAGAGAGGAAGACUCCGGCGGCGACGAGCGCCCGCCCCCGCGAAAGUUCCCCUUACGUAACGCGCGUCUUGGCGAGUCUGGAGCCCCGCGAUGUUGUGCCUGGUCCUUUCUUCCGGCCCCCAGGCCUCUUCGGGCUCGCCGUUGCCAGCAACCUCGACGCCCGUCUCCCGCCUUGUAUUCACUCGCUGUUCGUCCGCUCCCAGGCCUCAUAUACAUAUUACGCCCCAUCGUGGACCUCCGCGGGUUCUUGUUCGCGAUCUCCAUUGACUGGUUCUCUUUCAUCUCUUUCACCAUCCGCCUAUCGGCUCUCUAUAUCCCUUCUAGUGACCGCUUCCGUGCGCUAGAAUUAUGGUCGAAAAACCGUACCAUCCCACGGCUUGUGCGGUCAUUCCUCGCCGGCUUGUAG